GCGGAGCGCGGGAGGAGGCGGGGGUGGAGAGGCCCCCGGACCGCGAGCGGCAGCUGGGGAGGGGGCCGCGGAGCCGGAGCGCGAGAAACAGCUGAUCCGAUUUUCCUUAAAGCGAGAGAAAAUGGAAGUCGGGUAGCGGUGACUGAGGCGCUGCGGGCUGGCCGAGCGGAGCGGCACAGCGCGGCAGCUGAUCUCAUUCAGAGAUGACUAAGGACUACAAAAGAAUUACAAGAGAAACCUGAAAAUAAAGAAAGACAAAGAAAAACACAAGCCAAAGACUGCGGGAAAAUGUGGAUGAUUCAGAGACCAGCUCAAGAGUUCAGAAAAGUAAGUUUCCAGACUCUCAAGGAAAAUGCUGGCAACAUGAUCUCUAAAGCAGACUUUGAGCAUAGAAGAAAGAUUCAGAGGAUUGAGUGAGACAGAAGAGAACAAAGCCCACACUGGUGGGAUUCAGGGGAAAAAAUCAGAAGAGAAAAAAGUAAAAAUGAUAGCAACACAAAGACUAGUUCAGAAGCCAGAAAAUCAGAGGCCUCAUUGGACAGGUACAGCAUGGAGGAAACGCCACAAAAGGAACCAAGUGUCACCGCGAUUUGAUUUCCUAACAAAGAGUUUUAGAAAAGAAGGGGAAAAGUUAAGUAGAUGAUCAAAGAAAACUAUGUAAAUAUCCAGGCCAAACUUGACUCUGUUAUUCAUAAGGAAUUGCAUUUUGUUAAGCUUUUAAAAAAAUUACCAAACCUGGACCCCUAUCUUACACCAUACCAAAAAACCAACUCAAAACGGAUUAAAGACUUGAAUGUAAGACGUAAGAACAUAAAACUCCCAGAAAGCAAAAAAAAAAAAAAAAAAAACAGGGCAUAAAAUCCUUGAUGUUGGUCUUGGUGAUGGUUUUUUGGCUAUGACACCUAAAACAAAGGCAACAAAAGUCAAAAUGGACAAAUUGAACUACAUCAAACUAAAAGCUUCUACACAGCAAAGGAAAUCAUCAGCAAACUGGAAAAGCAACUGGUGGGAUGGGCGAAAAUAUUUGCAAAUCAUAUAUUUGAUAAGGGGUUAAUAUCCAAAAUAUGGAAUACAACUCAAUAGCAAAACAAAACAAAACAUUCUAUUAAAAAAUGGGCAGAGGCCCCGAAUAGACAUUUUUCCAAAGAAGACGUACAGAUGGCCAACAAGUAUGUGAAAAGGUGUUCAACAUCGCUAAUCGUCAGGGAAAUGCAAAUUAAAAUCACAGUGAGAUAUCACCUUACUCCUGUUACGUGGCUAUCAUCAAGAUGACAAGAGAUAUUGAGUUCUCAGGGGCUGUGAUCUCACGCCAUUCACUGGGGCAAUAAUGGGCCAUUUCCAGCAGGGACGAUGCCGCGUUGCCCCCGGUGCCUAACUGCCACCCACCUCCAGAGAAUCUCAGUGUCUGAAAAGUGGCAGUGACCAAAGAAGAGGCUCUCGUGGCCGAGGCCCCAGUACAUGGAGAGAAGGAAGACAGCAAUCUUCUAAUUGGAGCCAUAUACAUUAGAUGGAUGGUUUCUAGCCUGCUUCCAAACCCCACCUCGGCUGAGUGUUGGGCGGCCCUUCUACACGAUCCUAUGACUCUUGAUAUGGACGCAGUCCUGUCAGACUUUGUUCGGUCCACGGGGGCAGAACCUGGUCUGGCCAGAGACCUGCUGGAAGGCAAAAACUGGGACCUGACGGCCGCUCUGAGUGACUAUGAGCAGCUCCGACAGGUGCACACAGCCAACCUGCCGCCUGUGUUCAACGAGGGCAGGUGCCCCAAGCAGCCCGAGCGAGAGCACCCCCCACCUGCGCACACGGCCGAACGGCCCUGCCCGCCCAGGCAGGACGACAUCGCCCAAGAGAAGCGACUCUCGCGCGGGAUCUCCCACGCCAGCUCAGCCAUCGUGUCCCUGGCGCGGUCCCACGUGGCGAGCGAGUGCAGCAGCGAGCAGUUUCCACUGGAGAUGCCCAUCUACACGUUCCAGCUGCCGGACCUGAGCGUGUACAGCGAGGACUUCCGGAGCUUCGUGGAGCGAGACUUGAUCGAGCAGGCGACAAUGGUGGCUCUGGAGCAGGCGGGUCGCCUGAACUGGUGGUCCACCGUGUGCACGAGCUGUAAACGGCUUCUUCCUUUGGCCACGACAGGGGACGGGAACUGCCUUUUACACGCUGCCUCACUGGGCAUGUGGGGCUUUCACGACCGGGACCUGGUUUUGCGGAAAGCUCUCUACACCAUGAUGAGGACGGGGGCCGAGAGGGAGGCCCUGAAGCGAAGAUGGAGGUGGCAGCAGACGCAGCAGAACAAGGAGUCAGGGCUGGUGUACACGGAGGAAGAGUGGGAGCGAGAGUGGACAGAGCUGCUGAAGCUGGCCUCCAGCGAGCCACGCACGCACAUCAGCAAGCACGGCGGCUCGGGCGGGGGCAUGGACAACGCCGAGGACCCUGUGUACGAGAGUCUGGAGGAGUUCCACGUUUUCGUCCUUGCCCACAUAUUAAGGAGGCCCAUUGUCGUUGUAGCAGAUACGAUGCUGAGGGACUCAGGCGGGGAAGCAUUUGCUCCAAUCCCCUUCGGAGGGAUUUACCUGCCCUUGGAGGUGCCUCCCAACAGAUGCCACUGCUCACCUCUGGUUCUUGCCUACGACCAAGCGCAUUUCUCUGCCCUUGUGUCCAUGGAGCAGAGAGACCAGCAGAGAGAACAAGCCGUGAUCCCCCUGACGGAUUCAGAGCACAAGCUGCUGCCUCUGCACUUUGCGGUGGACCCCGGGAAGGACUGGGAGUGGGGGAAAGACGACAAUGAUAACGCCCGGCUGGCCCACCUGAUCCUGUCGCUAGAAGCCAAGCUGAACCUUCUGCACAGCUACAUGAAUGUGACGUGGAUCCGGAUCCCCUCUGAGACCCGGGCCCCUCUGGCGCAGCCGGAGUCCCCGACGGCCUCGGCGGGGGAGGACGUGCAGUCCCUGCCCGACUCGCUGGACUCGGACCGCGACUCGGUGUGCAGCAACUCCAACAGCAAUAACGGCAAGAAUGGCAAGGACAAGGAGAAGGAGAAGCAGCGCAAGGACAAGGACAAGACCCGGGCGGACUCUGUGGCCAACAAGCUGGGCAGCUUCAGCAAGACGCUGGGCAUCAAGCUGAAGAAGAACAUGGGCGGCCUGGGCGGCCUGGUGCACGGCAAGAUGAGCCGCGCCAACUCCGCCAACGGCAAGCACAGCGACCCGCCCGAGCGCGGCAAGGAGAAGAAGGCCAAGGCGCGCAAGGGCAGCAAGGAGGAGUCGGGCGCCUCGGCCAGCACGUCGCCCUCGGAGAAGACCACGCCGUCGCCCACGGACAAGACGGCGGGCGCGUCGCCGGCCGACAAGGGCGGCGGGCCCCGCGGCGAUGCCUGGAAGUACAGCACGGACGUGAAGCUGAGCCUCAACAUCCUGCGCGCCGCCAUGCAGGGCGAGCGCAAGUUCAUAUUCGCCGGCCUGCUGCUCACCAGCCACCGGCACCAGUUCCACGAGGAGAUGAUCGGCUAUUACCUGACCAGCGCGCAGGAGCGCUUCAGCGCCGAGCAGGAGCAGCGGCGCCGCGAUGCCGCCGCCGCCGCCGCCGCCGCCUCCACGGCCAAGCGGCCGCCGCGCAGGCCAGAGGCCGAGGGCGCGCCGGGCCCGGAGCGCGCCUCGCCGGGCCCGCCGGCCGGGCCUCCCACGCAGCUGGUGCUCAAGCUCAAGGAGCGCCCGAGCCCCGGGCCAGCGGCGGGCGCGCGGGCGGCGCGGGCAGCGGCGGGCGGCGCGGCCUCCCCGGGCCCCGGCGGCGGCGCGCGACGCGCGGGUGCCAGCGGACCGGUCCCGGGCCGCAGCCCCCCGGCGCCGGGGCGCCAGAGCGUCAUCCACGUGCAGGCGGCGGGCGCGCGGGACGAGGCGUGCGCCCCGGCCGUGGGCGCGCUGCGGCCGUGCGCCACGUACCCGCAGCAGAACCGCUCGCUGUCGUCGCAGAGCUACAGCCCGGCUCGCGCCGCUGCCCUGCGCACCGUCAACACGGUCGAGUCGCUGGCGCGCGCCGUCCCAAUAACCCUGCCCGGCGCGGCGGGGGCGGCGGGCGCGGCCGAGCCCAAGUCGCAGACCUACACCAACGGCUUCGGCGCGGCGCGCGACGGCCUGGAGUUUGCCGACGCCGACGCGCCGGCCGCGCGAUCGAACGGUGAGGGCGGCCGGGGCGGCCCCGGCGCGGGGCCGGCGCAGCGGCGCUGCCAGCGCGAGAACUGCGCGUUCUAUGGACGCGCAGAGACCGAGCACUACUGCUCGUACUGCUACCGCGAGGAGCUGCGGCGGCGGCGCGAGGCGCGCGCGGCCCGGCCCUGAGCGCGCGCCGCGGCCCCGCCGGCUGGGCUGUCCUCUCCACGCUGUUGGUGUCUCCUCCGCGCCCUGGUCCACCGGGAGGCCGGCGAUCCUCUGUCCGUGCUGUGUACGUGUUUGGUCAAACGUUCCUAAUGGUGCCUGAACCUACACUGACGCCACUCAGGUAGUAGACGGAUAGGAAACAAGUCAUACUGUUGGAAGUGGGUGUGCUAGCUAGCAUCUGCCUCGUACCUGUGGAAACUCAAUAGCCAUUGCAAGGGUAUUUUUGUUCUUCAAUAAGAGAAAUAAAGAAAUUUGCAGCCCUUUGUUUUUAGAAGGGAGUGUUUUACAUGCCUUUUUUUUUUUUUUUUUUUUUUUUCUGUUUUCCCUAACCCGGCGACUGACCUCUUCCAUGUAGCGGUCACCUGCGUGCGAUUGUUGCCACCUAGGGUUUCGAAGCAAACGCGCGGCCCCGGGACCGCGGUGGCGGCUCUGCCUCGGGCUCCCACCUGUGCCCCUCCCGGGUCCCUGGAGGACAGGGCGGUUGGCCUCCCACUGGCGCCCAGGUGGUCCCUGUGACCCUUUAGGAAUACACGGCUCCAUCUCAUAAGCAAAACCUCCUCCCACAGUCCCCGGCUCGAGCGACAUUCACACUGCCAUCAAAGUCGCGGGCGUCUGUAGGAUGGGCACCGGACAACCUACCUCGCAGGGCGCGGUGAGGUGUAGCGAUCACUCCCGGUGCCGGGCAGCUCAGGCGACAGGAGCUUUCCAAAGACACCUUGGGGCCCAAAGGCAAGGUUCCGAACUCACAAUUUGGAGUUGACCAUAUAUGAGCAAAGAUGACAGCCUGCUCACAUUUCUCCUUCGAAGACACUUCCUCAAUGCUCUGUCACCAGAGUGGCCCCUAGGAAGCGACCAUCGGUGCCCCAGGAGCGAGGCGAGAACUUGACCCUGCGGUCACUGUGCAAGCCCCCUCUAGGCCGCCCUGAAACCCGGCCUGCGCCUCUUUCCAGAGGGGAGGGGCUGAGGGCCGCCGGGAAAGAAGCCCACCCGCACCUCCACCUCCACCCGCAUCUGUCUGGGAUCAGCCAGGUGGAGGGGCACCGCUCCCAUCGGUGUCCCCUCUGCAGGGUGCGGGUAACCCUGACUGUGGCUCCAGAGCACAUGAGGGGCAGCCCCAUCCCUGAGCAGUCCCUAUUUUGGUGCCUCCUUACAUUUCUUGAGGAAAAAAUAAUGUGUCCUUAGCUACCCUGUUCUGAGCAGCAGUAUGCAGCGUCUUCCUUCCAAGAUUACCUCUGGAGAGCACCGCUCUUGGCCAAGGACACUGAGGCGUUAAACCCGCCUCACUAAGGAAAGAUCUCGUUUCCAAGAAAUACAGAUACGAUGGGUAAAAUCCUCACUAGCAAAAGAAUCCUUUAAAACCUGUGAGAGCCUUAGAAUAGCCUCUAAUAAUCCCAAGAAAGAGAGGAGAAAGCACCCAGCUUCUCCGUGGGUGUAUCUUCAGAAAACACAGGAGGUAGACCAUCUCUUCAUUGGCGCCAGCUUCUCCUUCUCCAGAAAGGAUGCUUUCCCCCGAGAUAAAGAGCAGAAAAAAAAAAAAAAAAAAUACGGAAGGGGAUUUUUGUUUUUACUUGUUUGAAGAAUUAUUGAUAUAAUAAACUAAUUUGAGUAUCUCCUGUGAGUAAUUUCUUUUUGUUUUUAAUUGUCCACAGCACGUGGAGUUUUCAGUAAUUUAUUCAAGGUUUACAUAAGUGGUUCCUUAAAAUUAUUUAUUAAAUAGGAUCUUAAAUUUUUCGAAAGUUUUACUUUUCGUGCUAAACGAUACUUUCGGUGUGUGGUAAUUACUAACAUUCAUGUCCUUCAUAUUACUGGGGUUUCUUUUGUUAAAAAAAAAAAAGUAGUUUUUAAAAAUUCUCUCCUCAAGAGGGUUUGUGGCAGCUUUUUGGACUGAUUCUUCACGUCAUGCUGACCAACUGCUUUGCCAUCCAAAGCUGUGAGGUCACAGGAAAUAAAUAUGGCUUCACGUGUAGACGCCAGUUCCUGCCCUACAUCUCACAGAAGGUGGAACAGCCAGCCUGGAAAAUGCUCCCCUGCCCAUUCAGAAACCAAACACACACGCACAAGAAGUCAAGGAGGCAGAAAGUAAUCUCGUGUUUGUUUUUUAAUUUUUUUAACAUGAAAACAGCCAACCAGAAAUUUCCAAAACUGGCUGUGCAAAUAUUUUAUCUUUCUCAUGCUCUCUGCCAGGUUAAAAAAAAAAAAAAAAAAGGCAAACUGAGAAUAAAAAUGGUCCAUUUGUAGUACCAGAGGAAAAAGGAAAACCUUUAAAGCCAGGCAGUGUUAUUUGUAGGUAAUAUCAAAAAACAGUGACCUGUUCUAGCUCCUCGGAUUUCAGGGUCACCACCACCACACCCACAUCUGACAUAUAUGCCAUAAAUAAGAGGCUGAGAUCCAACCCCAGACCCCACCCCAGGCUCCUCCCCUCCCCCCCACAACAUGGAAGACCCCUGCACCGGCCGCUCCAUGUGCAGGGCGCCUGUGGGUGUCACUCCCAUCUGGUACGAUGCCCUCCGUCCACAUCGUUUACAAAUAGACGUCUCCUCUUGUGAGAGAUCUGGAUCCAUCCUUCCUCUAAAAACAAUGUUAAAAACUGAGAGAGCCCACUGUUCCCUUAAAUGUGCUGGUCCAGCCACCCACCCCACCCCAGUGUUCACAAGAGACCUUUAGCCCUGGUCCCAAGCCAGACAUCUCUCAGGCGAAAUGAGUUCAUCAGGCUGGACGGGAACUAUUAGAAACUGCUGUGUUUCUCACGUGUGGGUCAAGAGGUCCUCUAAUGUCCUUCUGUGACUUGGGGGCCCUUUGUGGAGUGGGAGGAAAAGGAAGUGGAUUGGGGGUGCUAGAGAAAAGGAAGACGGCCAGUUCCGAUUCUAGAAAGGACAUGAGCCCCACCUAGGCACAGGUCCUGGACACGGGCUGAGCAGCUGCCCCACCUGUGGGCCGCCUUCCCCAGCCGGUCUGACCUGGCCAAACUUCCCUUUCUGGAAAGGUCAGAUGUCUCUUAAGUGACAGCAAGUUUCCAGAAGGAUCCCAGAUACUUCUAAACCCCAGUGGAGGUUAUUUCAGUCAUUUGCUUCACACUUCCUGCAACUGCGUUACCUGGGUAUAUGACUUUUUAAAAAAUAAUAUAUUGUGAAAGGAAGGCGUUUUUAAGUGUAUUCUGUUUGUAGAUUUUAUGCUGUUAUGUUGAGAUUUUACAAGCCAAGUUUAAACUGUACUAUAGAAAUUAUUUUUAUAUUAUUUUCAGAAUAUGCCAGAGAGCAAUAUUUUACACCCUUAUAUUGUCACAGGGUUACCCCCUUGGGGGGCUAACUUUAGGUUGGGUGGGGCUCCGCUGUGGGCUCUUGGGGGUGAAAUGAUUUCUGCUCUUUGUUCAAAUCCCCUCUGAAGGUGGAACUGUGUAAAUGUCUCCUCUUUUUCCAUGGAAAGCUUGAUUUGUUUUCUGCUCCUGGAUUUUGGUACUGCAUCUUUCCUCUUAAAUGAAUACUUUCUAUUCACUAAGUUACUGUGGACCUUUUUCUUGCCUAUCACCACCCAGUGGCUCCAGUGGUGUUCUGAAAAGUUGGGAUCUGUUACUUUACAAACUUUAUGUUUUCCAACGUGAUUUGAUUUAUUAAUUCUGGUAGCUUACCGUCAGGAAUUUAGUGACUCAAGAUAGCAGGGGGCACACCUCGAGGUGUGAAAUCCUCCAGGCAGUGCCCACCGCCUCUGGGGCAGGGCCGUGGCUACGUGGCUCUCACCUCCUCGCUUAGCGACUUCAAGCUUAUUUUGCGAACUACUCUACUUUGCAGAAAUAAACUUAACCGAUCAAAAUAUAUUUCACGUUGGUUAAGAAAAAAGGGCUGUACCCAUCAGUGGUGGGAAAUUUGUGUGAGGAAAAAAAAAAAAGGCUUUGCCAAACCAUGUGUUCCAUUCGCUGUGUCUUUCAUGUUUACUAAGAGACGUGGAGUAAUGCACGUUUGGGAGGGUUUCUUUCUUUAGGACACGAUUCAGUUUUCCUCAUUGUGGUGUGGACUUUACAAAUUAAGUUCCUCGAGUGCUUUUUUCUUUUUCUUUGUUCCAACGGUUAUAAUAAAUAAGAAGAAAACGUGUGUCGUGGUUGAGCGGACCCUGCCUUGUCAGACCCCGGCCGCUGUGACAUUGCCUCUGUCCAGAGUCUGGUUCUGCUGUCAUCCGAGCACAAGCACAUCCAAGAAAGGGCCCCACAGUGGCUGGCACCCCUGGCACCAGGGAGCAGUCACCCCCUUCCAAAAAGCCUUAAAGCGGUGGCUCUCUGGAGACCUCCGGGCCCCACCUUGCCCUUCAGUCCUAACUAUAGGUUCUCCUUGCUACUGGAACUGGGCCGCUUUGGUAUGGGGCUCCAGGGUGGGGAGAGGUGCCCAGCUUCAUUCUUGUUUCUGUCUCGUCCCCCCAGUGCCCAGAUCCACUCUCCAGCACAGGUCCCAGCGGCCCAGAGCGUGAUUCUAACGGUGGAUCUGCUGACACGGGGUUGGGCCCAGGGCGCUUCAUCCCCAGGAGACCCACAGGGCACACAUGAUGACGAGGGGCCCCACACUCCCCUCAGGAGGCCUGGAGGCUGCAGGGAGCGCUCCGAGGCACCCUGAUCAGGAAGACUUUCAUGAUUGCUCCGAGCAAUGUGCGAGAUGGUCUGUUCGCAGUCACGUGGGUAACUUUGUUCCCCAAAACCGGUCCUUCCUCUUCGCUCCAUGCCCACCCCCAGCAGAGAAUAGAGAGGGGGCUGCCCUGCACAGACCUCUCGGGAACAAGUGUGUAGUCUGUGCUGUGUCAAGAUGCCGUGCUCCUCCACCCCCACCCCCACCCCCCACCGGCUGACUUAAUACACACAUCACUGCAGGAACAGCACAGAAACCAGAAUCUCCAAACAAGGCUAAAAUAUUACUAUUUCCAUUUUAUUUUGCAAAAUAAUUUGCUGAAAUUUCAAUUUUUGCUGUUUGAUGCUUGCAAAAAGAGUCCCACCCUAAUUAUGUAUGUACAAAAUGAUGGCCAUUGCUUAUCCUUUUUUAUUCCUCCAAGAGAGCAUCUCAAGAAUACACACACACACACACACACACACACACACACACGCACAAUCAGUUCUUUAAUGUAAGAUGAGAGGUACCACUGGCUUUUUAAAUAUAGGCUGAAUAUGCUCAAGACCAAAGCAACCCAUUAUUUUAAAGAGGGUAAAUUAGUGGAGCCAGCUCCUUGAGAACAUCUGUGAUAGAGCAGACACUGCAGGAUGACUUCAAAGAAACAACUAGGUUCUGACAAAGACCACUCCCACCCCUGUACUUCUCCAACCUCUGCCCCAGUGACACAAGCCUGGCCCAGGGCCUUUGCACAUGCCCUCUGCCUGGAAUGUCCUCUCCCAACACCCACCCUCAGCCACCCUUCACUACCUGCCAGUCUUUGUUCCAAUGUCACCUCUCAAUGAGGCUCUCCCUGACUUCUUUAUUUAAUAAGCCAACACAUCCCACCCUCCCUGCCGCCUCCCUGCGCGUCUUCCUCUUGUGCAUUUAUCGCCACCUGAGGGCUGCGUGUGAAUUAUUCAUUCAUUCAUUCAUUGUAUGCCUCCCUCCAGCCCCCAUAGAAUGUAAGCUCCACGCGGGCAGGAAUUUUUGUAUGUUUUGCUCACUGCUGUACUUCUGGUGCCUACAACAGCGCCUGACAUAUAUUAGGUGCUGGAUAAACACUUGUUGAAAAAAGAAAAUGAAAUCAAUAAUUUGAUAGCUAUUAAGAAGCCUAAAAGUAUCAGUUGCAGCCUUUAUCAAGUCGAGAUUCUACUCUCGCCCCUAAAUGGGGAGAAUUUUAGCUGAUACAGCAGCCUGGCUGCUUCUCCAGCCUGUGGUUUACGAAGGCCGGAUGUGGCAGUGAGCACCAGACCUGAUGGUGGCGGGUCUCCUGCGUAAACGCCUGCCCUGGGGCCCUCCCUCAUAGAGAAGGUACUCCGCUGUUUACAGAGGGCCCUCUGGGACAGGAUGAGGUGGGGACAGUUUCCUCCAGGGCACCUCUCGUGAUCACACCCCCUCCAUGAGGUCGUCAUGGGCCUGGACCAUUCUGGAGAGUCCCUUAUAAUGGGUCCUUAGGACGCUGUGCCUUCACAGUGUCUCCAGGGAGAUAGGCCUUCCUUCCUAGAGCAAACUCAGUGGCAGCAGAUGACCCUGCCCAGGAAAGGGCAUCAGCCUGACCCCUAGCAGGACCCGUUCUUAUGUCACCAAAAGCAGGCCUUCAGGGAAGGGGAGCUGCUCACACAGGUGUGGGGGGACUGCGUUGACAAAGUUGGAGGCCUCCUGUCGCCCCUUGGUCACAGGUGUGUGUGUACUGCAGGGGCAGAGCCUGGACAUAGCAGAGCCAAACAACACAGCCUCCUCGGCCAGGCCCUCUGGUGGCCUCGCCCACCAGCAGGGGAGGGAUGCUUCCCCCUCUGAACUUCCUACCCCUGCGGGAUGAUCUUCCCAACUACCUAACCUUGGUGUUUACUUCUAGGUCCUUUGGCCAAAUGUGUUUUCCUCUACCAGUUGUUGGCAAAAUACUGUUACAAGCUUCUUAUAGGACCCUUGUCCUACUGUGGCCUGGUUAAAAGCCUUUGUCCUUCUCUUGUUCCCUUUCCGUGGUUCUGAUGUCACUUCUCUGGGUGCCAUAUUUUAGGGUCCCCCAUUUGGGGGACCAGGAGCUCCCUCGUAGCACUCCCUCGGCAGCUGCAGACAGUGAGUGAGCCCACACGUGUGUGUCCCUUCGCUUGAAUUGCCAAAUACACAAGGCCCCUUUCAUUGCUGCCCUGACACACGCGGGUGUGGCAGACAUGCUCCUGGCCAGUGCUCAGAGAGGGCGACCUUUCCAGGGCUGCUUCCUGGGCCCUCGCAAAACUUCCUCCAAGGCAGGAGCCCUGCAGCCCGUCCAGUUUUUCCUGCUUGCCUGGAAUGGAAUCCAAACGCCUGCCCUGGAGUGAUGAUUUGGUAGGUGGGAGUGGGGCAGCUUGUCCCCACUGACUUGUGACCAAAACUAGUAAAGCCACCGUGAGCACAGUUGGAGACGGGCAAGUGGCCCAGAGCCCCUGUACACGAGGCAAACGCCACCUCCCAGAGCCAGUCAUCAUUCAACACCCCGAGGAAGCCCGGGGCCCUCCACCACCCACAGGGCCCUUAGAGCCACAGGGGGCUCCCCUGAGUCUGCACUCAGAACCUGAACCCCGUUCACCCUCAGCUUUGACCAGUGUGUCUCGUUUUAACUGAUGAUUGCUGAUGUGUACUUGCUUGGUUCCUUCCAACACGCAUUGGCAAGUGAAUGUAGUUCCUCUGUUUCUUUCCCUUUCUUUUUUCUUUUACUGGUUCAUUUGACUGAUUUGGGAUGAAAUACAUGACUUUGUUUCCCCAGUUUACUUGUUACCAUGGACGAAGGAAAACAUUGAGUCAGAAAGGGGUCAGAAAUCCCUGUUGCUUCAACCAAGUUGUCCAGAACCCUUUUCUGAUUCAAUGCAAAUAUUCUUUUCCAUCUGGUCUAUCCUUGGAGAAGGAACCCAUUGUAAGAGCUUGUCUUUGGUGGUUGGGUUGUUACUUUGUAAAGUAUUAAAGCACUAAACCGAUUUUUGCAAUAUGUAGUAAAUCUUGCUUUCAUUUUGGAAAACUUCCAGUAAUGACUACUACUGCACUUUUUAUAGAAGAACUGUAUUUCAUUUCUUUCUUUUAUGAAAGAUUAUUUCAAGUAACAAUAGCUCUGUAAUCCGUGUGAUACGGCUUCUCCAUUACUUGACAUGGAGAGAAGCUUUGAUGCCUACUCAAUAAAUUAACAUGUUUG